UAGGGACAUAGAUUCAUCGCACACUGUAGGACCCUUUCGGUUCUCAUUCCUCUUGAAUCUCUUUCCAGAUUUCCACUCAUUAGGUUAUCCGAUAACGAAACUGGCUCAAGGCACAUUGAGUGUGCACUUUUUAUCAACAACUGGCGAUUCACGAAUAGUUGAUAGUCUUUCUUUCGAAUACCCUCAUUUGUUAUUUAUAUUUCUAACGCUCCAGCAGCAUGCCCAAGUCGUCACUCACUCUUUUCGGCCUGCAAAUCUAUUGGUUUAUCGCAUUAUUUUUCACUAUUUCAGUCGCCGGACAAAGCCAAGAAACACGAAGUGUUCGUCCUGUUGAUCCUUCAUAUGCUCCCAGACGCCAGUUGGCACAAACCGAACCGGCCUACAACAUAUCCCUAUACUACGCCGAGUCAGGUUACCAGGAUGCAGCCCACUAUGCUGCAAUUAUCUCUUGGUAUAUGCGUUAUCCGACUGUUGUGGCCUCGGAUCAUUCUGGAAUACGAUCGGUAAACUGUGAUACCAACGGCAUCUAUGUAGAAUUCUCCUCGCAAACCUUCAAAUUGAAAGCCGAGAAAUGGGCGUUUCCCCUAAUCAUCGUGUUGGAUGGCGACACUGGACACUGUGCUUCUGACGGACCUGGUCAGGAAAGAUACCACCCCUUCUAUGCGGAAUCACUUAUGCAGGGUCACGACGAUCAGACAACAACUUUGAGUCUUUCCGGCUUCCGGUCUCGAUGGGACGUAGUCGCUUACGAGCACCAAGUGCAAAUUGUUGAAGUGAAAGAUGGGCCAUCUGAACCGGCGCAAAAAUCGGCACACACACGAAGGGGAAUUCAGGCCCCAACGACGAUGAAAAUUUCGCCUUCCUUGAACUUUGAUAGCCAGGAGCAGAAGUGUUCGACCAGUGAACUUCCUAUCAACGUCGCAAAGUGGCAAAACGGAUCACUUGAUGUGAAAUGUAAAAAUUGUUUCCUUGAUUCAGAGUUACAACUUAGCAUCUACUGGGCGAGUCGUAUCCUCAAUGCUGGAAUUAAGUGUAUCAAUAAAAUCAUGAAAAAUCUUUACCGAGCGGAGCAGCAGCUUGUUGAAUUGGCUCGAUCAGCGAAGCACAUCGUCGUGUCCCAGUUUUCAAAGCUUAGCGAACAGUUGGCGGAUACGAUCUCAGGAUUUUAUAACCGAGUAAACGACCUUGCUUUGUCCACAGAUCAGACGGAGCAAUUGAAGUUGAAAGAAGAGUUGGGAAAAGCCACCUCCUCUGUUGAGGACACCAGUAGCCGAUUACUUGGUCUUGCAGAAGGUCAGCUGGCAAUCGGUCUCAUCUCUGCUCGCAUAUCUCGCCGCGACGUAUUUCUAGCCAUCCAGCAGCUGAAGGAGAUCGUAGCAAGCACCAGCAGUGAAUUAGAGCUUAUGAUACAACGCGGAACUCAGUUGGUGAUCGAUGAACUAAGCUUGCCACUGUGUACGAUUUCGCAAGAGAAGAACUUUCUGCGGAGCGGAGGCUUUUGUCGCAAACGGCGCAAGGAAACGUCGGCGCGAUUGACUGGACGUAUGAAAGUCAAUUUUGAUGUGGAACUCUGUCUGACUGGGGCUGGUGAACUUACGAAUGGGGACGUGACUGUUCUUUCUGUUAAUCUAGCAGGACUGCAAAUCCCAGGUAUAUUAUCUGUUGGUCCGCAAGCUCGAUUAGUCAGUCACACUGGCUUGGUCUUCACAAGCUCUGCAACCCUGACACUUGGCGCCGAGGCCGAGUGGCGAAACAUCGACACCACCAUCGACGGUAAAAAUCGGAAGCUCAGUAAAUUGGACAAGAGCAAUUUUGUUUUUCGUCACCACCAUCCUCAGUUCGAAAUCAACCCUCAAAAGAUUUCGCUGGAGCAACACUUCAAACCACAAGUGACAUUUGGGAUCCAGCUGCUACUUGGUUCUCAGGCCUUGCUUGCGGGGAUCGGAGCCGAUGUCGGUUUAAUCAACACUCUUCAACUACCUACACCAACUUCUAAACAAAAGAAGCCUUGUUCGGAUGGCUUCAAGCUGCGGCAAUUAGCCAAGGCUCAUACCCUCUUCUCGUUGCACCAAACCUUACAGUAG